UUCCCCCUUUUGUUUCACAAGUGCAGUUUCAAAGUCCCAACGUUAACAUGACAACAAUUUUUGCUUCUGUCUCCGUGUUUCUUGUACUCUUCUUUCUCACAUUCAACCUUGCAAAUUCUGAUCCAUUCUUAGGAGUAAACUAUGGACAACUCGCCGACAACCUUCCACCACCAUCCGCCACCGCAAAAUUACUCCAAACCACCGCAUUCGAAAAAGUCCGAUUAUACGGAACCGAUCCCGCCAUAAUCAAAGCACUAGCAAACACCGGAAUCGGAAUCGUAAUCGGAGCCGCAAACGGCGACAUUCCAUCACUAGCUUCCGAUCCCAAUUUCGCCAAAACCUGGAUUAACACCAACGUCAUCCCUUUCUAUCCCGCCAGCAACAUCAUCCUCAUCACCGUCGGAAACGAAGUCAUAACUUCAAAUGACACGAAUCUUAUUAACGGAAUGUUACCGGCGAUUCAGAACGUGCAAAAAGCACUUGAUGAAGCUUCUCUUGGUGGUAAAAUUAGGGUUUCUACGGUUCAUACUAUGUCGGUUUUGUCGAAUUCUGAACCUCCUUCUGCUGGAAGUUUUCAUGAUGAAUAUAGUGCCGUUUUGAAGGGUUUGUUGUCGUUUAAUAAAGAUACUGGUUCUCCUUUUGCUAUUAACCCUUAUCCUUAUUUUGCUUACAAAAGUGAUCCUGGAAGAGCUGAUAAUUUGGCUUUUUGUCUCUUUCAACCUAAUGCCGGCCGAGUUGACGCCAACACCAAACUCAAUUACAUGAAUAUGUUUGAUGCUCAGGUGGAUGCUGUUCGAUCUGCAUUAGAUUCUUUGGGUUUUAAGGAUGUUGAGAUUAUGGUCGCAGAGACCGGGUGGCCCUACAAAGGAGAUAAUGACGAGGCUGGACCGAGUAUUGAGAAUGCAAAGGCGUACAACGGUAAUCUGAUUAAGCACCUACGAUCCAAGGUUGGGACACCACUGAUGCCAGGGAAAUCAGUGGACACAUACAUCUUUGCUUUAUAUGAUGAAGACUUGAAGCCUGGAGCUGGUUCUGAGAAAGCCUUUGGGCUUUACAACCCUGAUCAAUCGAUGAUCUAUGACGCAGGUCUCUCUAAGCAACAAAGUACUACUCCUACCAGUAGCCCUGUAGCCGCCCCGAUUAAUGCGGAUGUGUCAAAAUCUCCUUUGAAUUCGACUCCAAAAGUUCCAAGUCCAACAACACCGUAUAAUAGUAACAUAGCAUGGUGUGUGCCAAAAGCAGGAUUAACUGAUGUGCAACUACAAGCAAAUUUGGAUUAUGCUUGUGGGCAGGGGAUUGAUUGUAGCUUAAUUCAACCAGGUGGAGCUUGUUUCGAACCUAACACAUUAGCAAACCAUGCUGCAUAUGCCAUGAAUCUCUUUUAUCACACUGUUGGGCAAAAUCCAUUAACUUGUGAUUUCUCACAGACAGCUACACUAACAUCAACUAACCCAAGUUAUAAUAGUUGUAUUUAUACUGGAGGGAAUGCAUAACCUAAAAAACAAGAAAGUAGAUAAAGGAUGAUGCUAUUUUUAAUUUUGUUGUUGUUUUAGUUAUUAUUUUUUAAUAAUCGUUAAAAAAAUGUUUUGGUCUUAAGAGUGCUUUGAAAUAAAAGAAUGGUGUCUGUACAGAGGAGAAUCUCCCUCUAUUUGUGUUGUUAAAUGUCUCUAUUAGAGUCAAGCUGUUGCAUUUUUUGUGAUGUGUUUACUAUGAAGAGUUGAGUCAUCAUAUGCUAAUCUGUU